AUGGACCAAUCGCAAGAGCAGCCUCGCUCGCCCGACUACUUUCAACAACAGUACAAGAGACACCUUACUCGGCUUGCAACUGAAAUUCUCAGCCACGGGGGCCCACCAUCUCCGGAAGAUAUCGAUGAAACAGUCAAAGAACUAGACGGCAUGCUGAAAGAGGAUAGGAAACUCCUAAACCUCCAAUUCAACGUCGCCAAGAAGUUUCUCAUCGCCGGCCUUGCCAUGAAACUAGAGGAGCUGAUGGGUCAGGGUGAACACUUGGCUGAACGCAUCAACGAGUCGUCUGCAACUAGGAUGCGCCGAUCCGCGACUCCCGACCAAACCAAGGCUCGGCUUCUCAAGUUCAUGGCCCGCUUGACCAAGGAAGACAUCAAAGCAUGUGGCUUGGACGUCGAGAACCAUUGGCCUGUCGUUCAGAAAUUUUCCAGAUACCGCAUCUCCUCCAUCUACUUUGACAAGACGUUCAUGAAAACGAGCCCCAAGGUAGAAUUCGCAAGGGUCCUCCACUCAAUGCACGAGCAGCCGUUUCUCUGGGAAAAGGACUUUUCGAAGCUAUAUGCUCGCUGGAGCACCCUUUUUGCUUUUGUCUAUGGGCAAAGCGUGCAGGCCGUCGACAGAGGACACCUCCGGAAUAUCUUUGCGUUCUUGAAUUCUGAGUCCUGAUACGAUCAUACGGUUCUCUUCUCAGCGUUCUUCAUUAUGCUUCUUCAGCAUUUUUUAGUUAUUUCUCAGCCUUUUUCAUUAUCAACAUGACAACAGGCCAUUGACGGAUCAAGACUUAUCGGCUGUGUGGAAGAAAGGAUGAAGGUCUAGCUGGUUGCUGUAUCCUGCGUUGCUGUAGCCUGC